AUCCAAGGCAAGCCGCCGGCACACUGACAGACAGACAGACCUGAAGGCUGACUUCCAGCGCACUCACAGCUCCUCUGAACUUGCUGCUGAUCCUCUGAAAGAAGAAGAUACACUCUCAGACCUCUGUGGUGGAGCUCAGAUAAAGACGUGCCUUCAGUCUUAGAAAGGGAGCUGUCACACACUGAUAUACAAACACACAUUCCUAGAAACUGACACACACGCACAGAAGCAAACACACACACUCUCUCUCUCUCUCUCUCUCUCCCUUUCCUCCUCGCUCAGCUGCUCUCUCCCCCUCCCAUCCACACACACACAUACACACCACUACAGUAUAUCAGCGAGUGACUAGCGGAGAGCCAGAGGGGAGUGCAGAAAUGAAUGUGAAGAUCCUGACGCUGGUGAUUGUGCUCUUGGUGUCUCUGCUGUGUUCUGCCGGUGCUGGUCCCAUGGCCUCCACGGAGCAUGGCAGAGGGCUGGAAGAGACAGCUACAGUGAGAAAAAUGGCCCAGCAAAACCCAGUGAGAGGCGGUCAGACCCACAGACCAGCCAAGAGAAGACGCCCACGGCCCCGUCUUUCCCACAAGGGGCCCAUGCCAUUCUAGAGCAAGGCACUGCUUUGAGCGCCCUCCCCCAGGUUCUGAUUUCUAUGCUCUUCCUUUGCCUUGGGGGGCCUUGCAAUGAAGGGCCUACGCUUGCCCAGCCUGAAGAGUGAUGUCCAUAGCACCUGCUGGUUCUCCAAGCAACUCUGUCCACAAAAAAAUCAGGACAAGCCACUCACCCUCAGCUCCAGGAGGAAUAGGGGGGCAUUGAAAAGGGGGUGGGGGGUAUUGAGCCUGAGCUACCAGACUCUAUUUCUCUGUCUCUUUAUCUUACUCCCUCCUUACUGAUAUAUCUGUCUUUUUUCAAUUUGCUUAAUAGAGGCCAAUCAUAGCAAUCUUUCCGAGUGUCUCACACUCUUUGCAUGACAUGUGGUGAAGAGGGAGCCCUGUCAAAAGAAUCUUAAAGUUUCUGUCACUUCUCCAGGAUGGUGGUUUCCGCAUGUCUCAGAUCCAAAGUCCCAUCAGUCGCUGAUUUCAUCGCUGUGUAGCAACUUAAAGGAGCCGAUAAGGGUGCUGAUUGUGCAGAGGAAAUAACCUAAUUGUUGUUGUGAUACUCUGGAUGUCUGCUGCAAAAAAGAGCUGAAAGUUUAGUGUUGAGAGGAGUUAUGAUCAUCACUUAAUUAUGAUUAUUAAUGGUGCUUUGUAUCAUUUUAAUGUUAGUGUGUCCACAUGCAAAGUAAGCUAAAACAAGAGCACAUGCCAUUAAAACAAUUUAGCAUUCCCUCGUUUAGAAGAUUCUUCAUUCCAAAGCUGUUCAGGUGUUUCUGAGUUCAUUAACACCUCGGGGAAUGGUGGCUUCAGGCUUGCUCAAGGUUACUGUAACUCAUCCCACCUUGAAGGAGUCCGCUUACUCCUCUAAAACCCCAAUCGUGUAUCCAAUCCCCAGCCUUCUCGCCACACCGCUGCCACCCCGCAGCUACUCUUCACGACUGUUAACUGGCGGUGGCGGUUUGCUCCAAUUGACAGACCACCUCGCCUUUUAAGGAAGUGCCAAAUAACAACCUUCUCCACAAUGCUGCCAGGAACGGAAGAACAAAAAAUUCAGAGAAAUGAGAAACGCAUUACCUCUUGUUUGAAGUCUCGAUACACUGACACAUUUAUGCUUUUUUUGUUAAAUUUGCAACAAAUAUCCUACUUCAGACAAUGCUGUUGAAGAGAACGCAACUUCACUGCAAACAUCAGCUCCGUUUGUUAAUUAGCCACCGCGAUCAGCCUACCACUAGUGCUCCGGCUGCUUUAAUAUUCAGCAUACGGCGGGUUUGACCCUUUGAAUGAUGUUGUACAUCGAAAUAAAAAAGAAAAAAGAUAUGCCUUUCCAACAUACUGGCAUAUUUCUGUGUUAUAGUUUAAUUUCCUUUUUCUCAGGGUGCUGUGAUAGAGGCUUGUACUAAAGCAGGCUGUUUUGUGCAUUUACUUAACACAAACAUACAAACUCAUAUGAGCAUAUUUUCAUAUACUGUAUAUUUACUCUCCCUGUAUGUAUAAUCCAAUUUAAUCUUUAUGUUACUGGAGAGUUAUUCACUUCUUUUCAUGAUGUCCCUGCAUUAUGUUGGGUGCAGUUGCCUUUCUAAUCAGCCCUUCCACAGCCCAGGUGGCUGUGGCUUUUAUCAUCAUGUUCAUUAAAUCCUAAAGUUGAUCUUUCUCAGAUGAAUCUCCACAUUUAGUUAGAGCUUAUUGUUAAAUUGGCUCAGACUGAGAGUGUACCCCCCUAUCCCCCUUUUUAAUUUCAGUCCGCCCUGCUGAUCAAGGCUGUAACCAUAUGGCAUAUUGAAAUCUUAACCUCCUUGUGUCUACUUGGUGCAUUGUUGACAUGCAGAAAUCUUGCCUUAUUAGUCGUCUACAGUUCAGUUAAAUCAGUUUUGAUCAAAUAAUCUAAUUAAACUACAAUGGCUGUAAAAAGUGUGCACACUUCUGUGGCACUGCCUGUUUAGUAAAAGUUUUUCUAUCUUUAAUGUGAUAUAUAUUCUGCACAAUUCGGCUUGAAAACAAAUCUGAUAGGGGUUGAUUAACCUGGCUGUGAAUUAAUACUUCAGUUUCAGCAUUCAGACUCCCUUAAUAGGACUAAUUUACUUAUAGGAUACCACAUCUUGAAUGAGAAAUACUUGCCCACUCUUUCUUGCAAAAGUUCUCCAAAUCUACCAGAAUGUAAGGAAAUCUCCUGUUCUGAGCCUUCUUCAGGGGACUCCACAGAGUUCCUUUCAGAUUCUGGCUCGGUCUUUCCAAAAUUUGAAGGCUGUUUCUGUUGAUUUGGCUGUUUGUUUGGAAUCACUGUGAUAUUCAAAAAUCAGACCGUAGAAGCAAAACGUCCUGCAGCUGCCUCAGCUAGCCCCAACCUCCUUGACCAGUAUCUGUCUUGUAUAAAGACAAGAUAGAAGCAUCCACUGCGGCCCCAUAUUUUCUCCAAAACCUGAUGACAAUGUUGAUUGCCUUUAUCCUUCUUCUGACUGAGACCUUUGUACAACAAGAUCCUUUUGGUCUUUUGUAACCUCUCUGAGCAACGGGUUCAGCUAAAGGAUUCAAAUGAGGAAGAAAAAUCUGUAAUAGGAAACAAGAACUUCAUAUCAGGUCAAUCAGAUUCACUUAAAUUAAUGGAAGGUGUGAAUUCAAAGAGACCGAAUGCUUAAAAGGAAUCAAACGGUGUUCAAACAAAGUAAUAAUUUAAGGUAGGCACACUUUUGCAGCCAGAUAAUUUUAAAAUCCCCCUCCCAACAGAUUUAUUUGUGUUUCUGUAGAAUUUUACAGGAUGCAUCUCAAAAUAAAGGUGAAGGAAAUUUUAAAAUGAUUUAUUUUGGCCUGUUUUUAAUUUAUAAAAACCUAGCAUGUUAACAGGGGUGUGUAGACUUUUGAAAGGCGCUGUAGAUUUCCUGCUCUUUUUCCCUCUCACCAUGUCUCAUGCAAAUAAUAAAAUAAAAACGCAGAAUCUUCUCAGCCCCAGCAUGAGAAGCUUUUAUUAAGAGAGCAUCUAAAAUCACAGUGGUAUCCCAGCCAAGCUCACCUUGAUUAAAAAUGCAUUAAAUCCUAGGGCACUGUGAAGUGUAACAAUUUCAGUUCUGCCAUUAUUUCUUUCAUACCCUCACAGACAGAGAUGUAGAUUUUAUGAAUGCUCCUCGAGAGUGAGAUGACUUUGCUCAGGAGAUCUCGUAUGUUCUUAGGGGAAGAAUAUAGGAAGAAAUGAGCUGGGGAUGAAGGUUCAAAGCCGCGGGAGUUGGGAUGGCUGAAAGUAGACUGGGUCAUGGCAAAAACACUCGAGUCAAUAUCCCCCUUCUCACCUGUUCCAUCUCAGAAGUUAUUGUUACUGAGCCGAGCAACGUCUGUAUCCGCACUGUUCUUAAUGAAUGUAUCCUCACCAUCUGCACCAGCCAUGCAGCCCUCUCAGAGACCAGAGCAACCCAAUGUGUAUGUAAGGAACCCCCUUUCAACAUCAGUCUGCUCAUCAGUUGAAUCCAACAAAACCAAAAAUCAAAUAACCUGCAGAUACAAAAACUUCUGGCGUCAACUAGUCCCAACAAAUAGACAUGGCUUUGCUCAAAGACUUCUAUGUAUGGGUUUGCAAGGCUGCACUUUUUGCAAUUCCAUAAUGCUGCUGGAAAAAUACACCCCGAAAACAAGAAUCUCUCUUUCUCUAUGGAAUGGUUUUCCAGUGUGUCGUGACAAUUUUCUUGUCUGAUUCUUGUCUAGCUGGUUGUCCAAAGCUUACCUUUUCAAAUACAGUGUGAAAAGCUGUAUCUUUUGUGGAUGUAACAAAAUAGAAAAGUAGUCUGCAGCACAAUAUGUCGUGGACACGUGAAAGCUUUCAGGCAUUCUUUUCUCGUAGAUCAUAGCUCACAGCCCUCCCCUGCACACCAGGUUUAAUGGGCCUGGUGGUGUAGAAGGACAAGCAUGUCCAGGCUAAAACUGAAACGCUAAACCAAUACAUUAAUCUCGGGGAGCGAAAACCAUUUUCCUUAAUGGUCUUUUCCAGCAAGGCUUACACAAGAGAAACGAUUCCCUUACUCUCAAUGUUCCCCUCUCCAAUUCCUCUUCUCUGUGACCAUCACAAGGCCUGAGUAAUGUUUUCUAUGCACUUGUUAGCAUGUUUUCCUGGAAGAAAAAUCCUUAUUCUGUUCCGUUUAUGUUUAUUUUUGUCCAAAUGCAUUUGGGAGGAAAUGUAUAAGGAUGAGAUGUAGAUAUGUGUCGCAGGUGGAGAUGAGAAAUGGAAGAAAGGAGGUUUAAAAUGUCAGUUUAGUCACUGAAGUAGUUAUGGACAUAAAAGCCCCCCAAAACAUACAAAAAUAUGUUGUUUGUUUCUUUUUUCAUUCUUGUACUGAUUUCUUUACCAGGUGAAAUUCCUUUUAUAUUUACCAUUGACUGCAGAAAUGGAAGCAGAGCUAGCACACAACACAUUCCAUGAUUUUCCCUUUUGAACCCCUUAUCCUGUCAAACUGUAUCAUGUUGGCCUUCAAAGUGGGUGUCUGCAGGAUCGAGUGGCUGAUAUUUAAUCCAACGAAUAGAGACUUUUCCACUGGCUGGGCAAUCCAAAGGAUAACUAGAUUCCAACUCCCAUGAGGAAAGACAAUGAUCAGUCAUUAUCUCCGAGCCUCAAAAUGAGACUUCCUACACCCAAGAAUAGCACAGGCUCCUCCUGCCUCGACGGCGACACAUUCUCUAUCCUUGCACCCACUGUGUCCGAGAGCAGUCAGUCACGUUCAGAACAGUCAUAGGAGAAAUGCAGUGUGUAAGUUUAUCACAACAGUGUUACUAGAUCUGAAGCAGAUACCAUUUGAAAGACAAUGUAUUACCCCUUAAACUUAUAUUCUGUUUAUGGUGUGUGCCCAUAUUACUCACCAGGCCAAAUGUACAGUCCCUGUCUCUGUUUUGAUGUUGAACUGGACAAAAAUAAAUGACAUGAAUAAAAUAAAACAAGUGUAUCAGAAAUCGUUGAAAUACUGUGUACAUAUUUGAACUUUUGGUUUCUAAUUUAUAAAAGAUAAGCUUUAGCUCUUGGAGUACUUAUUUUAUUUUAUUUUUUUUCCUUUCAUGCGUAGCUUUGUGUUUUUAUUUUCUAUUUCUGUAAAGUGUGUAAAUAUAUCUUUAUGAUAAUAAGUAAUAUUAAAAAUCUUAUUUUAAGAAAA